AUGCUCCUCGCGCGUUUGUCUUGCGUGCCUCUGGAAAAGGUCUCCAGGCCCGCCGUAGUCAGAAUAGCAGGAAGGCCAUCUCUCUAUCGGACAGACUCUGGUGUGAUACUGUCAACAACGGACAGCGGUGUGUUUCGUCGUUGUUGGCCAUGGAAACGGUUAAAAAAUCUUGGAGAGCAAGGCUUUGAUGCUACUUAUUUCUUUGCCCAAGAGUUGGGAGACUUUGGUUAUGACGGCGAAAAGAGUAUUUGGGUGAUUGAUUCUGAUGCUUCUUUUUAUGUGACUUCUCGAGUUGAUUUCUUCACUACCUACACCAAAAAAGAUUAUGGUUAUAAAUUGUGGGAUCCAAUUGACGAGAAAGUUAUUCGAAGGCGUAAUGUUGUGUUUCUUGAAGACCAAACAAUUGAAGACUUUGGCAAAAGUGAUAAACUGGAGGAAAAAACUAGUGAUCUCAUUGACAUGGAUCCAUCUCCUUUAUCUUCGGUGGAUAAUGAAAAUAUGAGAGAUGUGCAGCCAUCUAUUGAAGAUGUAGAGGACGAUGCUACUCCAAAUGAAAAAAAUAUUAAUGUGUCACUAAAUAAAAUCCACCAAAUUCUCAAGUAUUUCCAACAAUUUCAAACCCCAUUCCACACCAAAACUUUCAAUCAAUCUCGAGCUGUUGCUCUCAAUCGCGAACCUCCUGUGGGGUUCGAACCCACUGGUUUUUCUGAAGCACACCACCUGUUCGAUGAAAUUUCCCCAAGAAUCCUUUCUGACAAUAACCAAUUGCUCUUCGAGUACUCCCGCAACAAUCUCAACGUCGAGGCUCUGAAUCUCUUUGUGGGUACUCAUCGUUCGGGUUUGCGGAUUGAUGGGUCUAGCCUUUCUUGUAUUUUGAAGGUUUGUGGAUGCCUAUUUGAUCAGAUUGUUGGUAAACAAGUACAUUGUCAUUGUUUUAAAUCUGGGUUUGUAGAGGAUGUUAGUGUUGGUACUUCUCUUGUUGAUAUGUAUAUGAAAACUGAGAAUGUUGUUGAUGGGAAGAAAUUUUUUUAUGAAAUGCCGGAGAAAAAUGUGGUGUCUUGGACUUCAUUGCUUGCGGGUUAUUCGCGGAAUGGGUUGGUUGAUCAGGCAAUAAAAAUAUUUUCCCAGAUGCAAGCAGAGGGAAUCAAGCCUAACCCGCUUACCUUUGCGACUGUUUUUCAAGCUUUGGCUGAUGAUGAUGCAAUGGACAAGGGCAUUCAAGUACAUAGUAUGGUUAUUAAAAAUGGUUUCGAAUCGGCUACAUUUGUGGGUAAUUCUUUGAUUACUAUGUAUUCAAAGUCAGGGAUGGUCAGAGAUGCCAAAGCUCUGUUUGACAAUAUGUUGAAUAGGGAUGCAGUUUCCUGGAAUGGCAUGAUUGCUGGCUUUGUAACAAAUGGCCUUCAUCUAGAUGCUCUUAAACUGUUUUAUCAGAUGAGACUUGAAGGUGUAAAGCUAACACAAAUGAUUUUUGCUACAAUUAUCAAGUUAUGCGCUAGCCUUAAAGAAAUGGGUUUUGCAAGACAACUCCAUUGUCGGAUUCUUAAGGAUGGUUUUGUUUCCGAUCUCAAUAUUAAAACAGCAGUUAUGGUUACGUAUAGUAAGUGCAGUGAAAUGGAUGAUGCCUUCAGACUGUUUUGCACAAUGCAUGGGAUUUGUAAUGUGGUGUCAUGGACAGCCAUGAUUAGUGGGUACUUGCAGAACGGUGGAGUAGAGCAAGCAGUGAAUCUUUUCUGCCAAAUGAGGAGAAAGGGUGUUAGGCCAAAUCAUUUUACUUAUUCAACUGUCCUUACUGCUCACCCUGUUGCUUCUCUGUUCCAAGUACAUGCACAAGUGAUCAAAACCAAUUAUGAGAACUCACCUUCAGUAGGCACUGCACUUUUGGAUGCUUACAUUAAGAUAGGUAAUACCAGUGAAGCUGCACAAGUUUUUGGACUAAUAGAAGGGAAGGACAUUGUGGCAUGGUCUGCAAUGCUAGCAGGGUAUGCCCAAAUAGGGGACACCGAGGGAGCCAUUAAAAUUUUCCUCCAGUUAGCAACAGAGGGUGUUUGGCCAAAUGAGUUUACCUUCUCCAGUGUCAUCAAUGCAUGUGCUAGUCCUACUGCGGGAGUGGAGCAUGGAAAACAGAUUCAUGCAAGCUCAAUUAAAUCAGGAUAUAAUAAUGCUUUAUGUGUAAGUAGUGCUCUUGUUACCAUGUAUGCAAAGAGAGGGAACAUUGAGAGUGCAAAUGAAGUUUUUAAGCGGCAACAGGAGAGAGACUUAGUUUCAUGGAACUCGAUGGUCUCAGGAUAUGCACAACAUGGUUAUGGGAAAAAGGCUCUUAAAGUGUUUGAGGAAAUGAGAAUGCAAAACUUGGAAAUGGAUGAUAUAACAUUCAUCGGUGUGAUUUCUGCUUGCACUCAUGCAGGACUAGUUGAUGAAGGUCAAAGAUACUUCAACAUGAUGAUCAAGGAUCUUCUCAUUAAUCCUACCAUGGAGCACUAUUCUUGCAUGGUCGAUCUCUAUAGUCGAGCUGGAAUGCUUGAAAAAGCCAUGGAACUCAUAAAUAAUAUGCCAUUCCCUGCAGGUGCAACUAUUUGGCGUAGCAUUUUGGCAGCUUGCCGUGUUCACUUAAAUUUAGAUUUAGGGAAACUUGCAGCAGAAAAGCUUAUUUUACUUCAGCCACAAGACUCAGCUGCAUAUGUCCUGCUAUCAAAUAUGUAUGCAGCAGCAGGAAACUGGCAAGCAAGAGCCCAAGUGAGAAAGUUAAUGGACAAGAGGAAAGUGAAAAAAGAAGCUGGGUACAGUUGGAUUGAGGUGAGGAACAAGACCUAUUCAUUCUUGGCCAGUGAUCAUUCACAUCCCUUAUCAGACCGUAUUUAUUUAGAACUUGAAGAGUUAAGUGUCAGAUUGAAGGAUGCAGGAUAUCUUCCAGAUACAAAUUAUGUGCUACAUGAUGUUGAAGAUGAACACAAAGAAGCUAUACUUUCUCAGCAUAGUGAGAGGCUGGCCAUUGCUUUUGGAUUAAUUGCCACACCCUCUGGUACUCCAAUCCAGAUUGUGAAGAAUCUCCGAGUUUGUGGUGACUGUCACACUGUGAUCAAGUUAAUAUCAAAGAUUGAGGGGAGAGAGAUUACUGUUCGAGAUUCAAACCGGUUUCAUCACUUUAAAGAAGGUUUAUGCUCUUGUGGUGAUUAUUGGUGACUCUUGAAUGGACCAGUGAAGAAUGGCUUUAACAGAAACUUAUUAUGCAAAGGAUUCACAUGGCUUCAUGAGCUGAAAAAUCUUUUUGUAUGGCAGAGGAGAACAUUGCCAGGAACAACAUAUUAGAGUUCAAAUUUGUGGAUGACCCAACUUCAUGUCAGAAUGAAGGACCACUAAGCAACCGCCUAAGCAUAUGGAUUUGCUUCUUGUUGCUGCAGUAUGUCGUCGACACAUCAAAGAAGAAGAUACAUAGAACCUUUGGAAUUGGGGAAGAUGGAUUAAUCAGAGAGGAGUCGUUUUAGAAAUGUCAUGCCAACAGAAGAUUGGCAUUUCAUGAAUUGUGAGAUGAAUCUUCUGAUGGCCCACCAAAAACAAUGGGCCUUAUGAAGUCUGGAUUCAUUUCUCUCCAUGUUGUUGUUGACAAAUUGGCCAGAGAGGUUCAGGGUUUUCAAUACUCAUCUCUUUCAAGGCUUGACCAUGUGCUUGAACGUCUAUCCUCAUUGGCAGACACAUUAAUUGCAAUAGCUUGCAAUUAAUUGAGAAAAGGAGAGGAAACUGGACUGAAAAUGGCACUGGCUUGGCUUAGGACAGGACACCAGGAGGAUUCGAACAGAAGGAGAAUCUGGCCUCAUCUGAAAGACACCAUAAAUCUAUAAUGAGUGGACACAUUAGUUCAUCGUGUCUUAAACCGUUAUACUAGUCACACGAUUAUUGAAUAGAAACAUGGUAGUGGGCAGGUAAGUGCUUAUAUAUUAGAAAUGUCAUCAAUCUAGAGAAAAAAAAUUGUUUAAUAAGGUGUACAAAAUUUGAAUAUAUUGUAUUGAUUUAAACUUGGUGUAGGGUUAUUCCGAGAUAAAUCUUGAUGGGAUGUGGGUUAUAUUCACAAUCGGGCCGGAACGAGGAAAUUUGUUCGGGAGGGGCCAAUGUAUAUGCAUAAAAAAUAUUGAAUUAGUUUUGAUAUAUUACUAAUUGAAUAAAAUUUCUUAUA